GGCUUGAAACGCAAACCAGUUUUCUGAGACCUACUGCCAGUGUGGUGUGACAGCUCAGCAGAGAGUAAGUAUGCAGUAUGAUGUUAAAGCAGUGUAACUAAUGAAAAGCGUGCAGUAUGACACUAAAACGUGCAUACACUAGUGAGAAGAGUGGAGCGGUACUCAUACCAAAUUGGCCUCCACAGCAUCUGUGUAUACCCAGCUUGGUCCCGCUUCCCAGCUGAAAGCUCGGGGUAUCUGGGGAACUUCAUCUUUAUACCUCCUUGUAACACCCACGUGUAGCCCUACCUGAAGGGGGAAGGGGCAGAUGGCUUACCAUGGACAGCACACAUCUGUGCUGAUGGAGGAAGCAUCACCAAGGCAACAAGGUUAUCUGCAUCCUGCACGCACUUCCUCAGGAGGGUCCGGGAGCAGACGUGUAGCUAAUCAUGACCGCAGGAGGACCACAGCGGUUACUUAUGGAGUUUGGAGCUCUCUGGUGGGCCCUGGCAGGGAUGGUGUCGCUUGCGGCCUCAGCCACCCCACCGUCCCUGAAAAAAGAAUACAGCUUCGGGAGAAGCUUCCUGGGACUGGACAAAUGCAACGCUUGUGUGGGCACGUCCAUCUGUAAGAAGUUCUUCAAAGAGGAGAUUCGGUUCGAGAAGUGGCCGUCUCCCCGGUUGCAGCUGCCUCCCAUCAACGAGAGCACCUACCUGGGCUACUGCACAGACAGCACGGAGAGCUGGCGCCCAGCGGUGCUGUCCCGCCUCAUCCCCCACGAGCUCCACGAGCUCUCGGACCGCUCGAUCUGCGAGUCCGUAGGCCGCGAGCCCACCUGCAGCAUCGAGGCAGUCCUGAGGGCUACACCACGCUUCCAGAGCUGGGCCCAGUCGGACCUGCUGCUGCCCCAUCUGGUCCAGGGCUUGGCCUCUCCGAUGUUGCGCUGUCCCUCACAGCGGCUGCUGGAUCGGAUCGUGCGGCGCUACACCGAGGUCACCGACGUCGGCAGCAUCCUCAUGAAGCACUUCUCUGAGCGGGACAAGCUGCGCUUGCUCUACACGCUGGCGGUGAACCAACACCCGCUUGUGUUGCAGAUGUUCCCGGGAACGGAGGGCUGGCCCUUCCCUAGGUACCAGGGCUCCUGCGGCAGGGUGAUUGUGCACGCAGGCACCCGGCCCCUGGCGGACCUAUUCGGUGGCGCUCUGGCAACCCGAGCCGACGCAGCCUACCAGCUACUGCACAUGGCAGAGAGCCUGCGCACCAACAGCUUGCACUUCAACCUCUACUACACACAUGUUGCCGAUGACAUGUUUGCAACCUUUGAGGACGGGAGGGUCGUCAUUGUGGAUGCCAGUGCCAUCGGCAUAAUCGACCGGCUGGAGGAACUGCCCCAGAAGGCGGAGCCAGAGAGAGACCACACAGACAUCUUCUCCUGCCUGGGCUUGUCCUGCAAGAGAGCCCUGCCCUGUAGCUCCGUGCGCCCAUCCCAGAGCAUCAUGCUGCUCUGCCAACAUCCCCUGCCCAGACUGCUGUUACCACAAGAUCUGCAGGGGGAAGCCAGGCAUCUGCUAGGUAUCUGCGCAGACCCGGCACAGUCCGAUUGGAGCAUUCUGGCCGCCGCCAGCAAGCUGAUGGACGUCCUGAGGCCCCUCAGGCCCUGCAGCCCUCGCUUGAGCUACCGCUACCCAGAGUGCACCUACAGCAGCCAGUUCUGAGUGGCACUGGCUACACACAGCCAAGACGGAGGACACUACAGGGGUCGCAAAGUGGUUAAGAAGCUAGAUGUAUGACUGAAAACCUUGAACAAAGCCGAUCUUGCACUGGUUGACAAGGUACUGAAGAGCUUUAGUAAAUAUCCACCUGUGUAAAGAAAAGCAGUGCCUAAAAAAACAGAUGGGAGAAACAGGUGAAGAUGCUGCAUCAGCUUCAGGAGAUGCAUGGUUUCCUGUCCUGCAGGACCUCUCGCAGUUUCUUCACUGAUGAGAGCAUGGUGGAAAGGAACUGCACUGUCUUCAUCCUCCUGCAUUCCUACGGACCAAAACAAAACCUCUGGGCCUGUUGCUUCCAUGCUGUAGAUCAGGUCUCCACCGCUUCCAGUCUGAUGGGUGAAGCUUCUGCUCUCGUUGGACCCCAAACCACGGCUUGUCCUGCUGCAGCACUAACAGGUACAACAGCUUACACUUUACAGCCUUCACAACCCAGAAUGACAGUGGGAACCUCGCUCAUCUAGGUCUUCCAGCACCACACAAAGGGGCAGCCAGGUUCAGCAGCUGUCUUUGCGUCUUUUCUUACUAUGCUGUGUAUUUUUGUGUAUAUACAGACAUAUAUACACUCAUCCCUGUUAUUCCGUCUCCCGGUAUGCCGGUUUUUCCACUAUCUAGCCAGAUUAUUCAUACCGCUGUCCAAAUUGUCAUGUACACGGUGUGUUGCAGUUAAUAGACUAUUUGAAAACUGUGCCAAGCAGUUGUGUCAGAGAGACUGAGGUGCAAUGCAUUGUGGGAAUGGUGUACCCACACUCUCAGGCUUUUUAUUCUUCAAGACAGUUCAGUUUAUAUAUGACUUCAUAUGGUGUAUAUAUGUUACUUUAUAUGUACUAAACCCUUCGCGAAUUAAUUUUUGACAAACAGCUCACCCAUUACCCUACAGACGCAGAAUGUGUGCUCUGUGGGGGUCCUCAUAGCAGCAGCAGUGAGGGAGCCAAAAAGAAAAAAGCAACUGUAAAAUAAAGUCAAACUAAUUUCUGUAAAAAGUUAAACAUAUACAAUGAAACAAAAACUGAAUAUUCUUACUUCAAUUCCUCACAGACCUAUAAAAAACUGACACUGAGUGGUGAGGAAAUUUUUUUCUACAUAGGUGCAUGAUUUGUACUAUAAAGGCGAGCGAUUCAGAAACGCUUUGCAAAGGCAAUAGGGAAAAACAAGAACAAACCAGGAACAUACCAAAAUAGUAAAAUUUUCUCAUCUGUUCUUUGAUAUUGAGAAUUAGGACCAGAUAACGGAGGAUAACCGUACACCCUUGUUUAAACGUGCUUAUUUACCACUGGUGCGAUUCCUGUCUUUGUCCAGUUGUCGCCAUCACUGUGCGGUUACAUGUCAGAACCAAUUCAAUUUUCACUCAUUAAUUUGUUCGUUCGUUCAACCUCCUGAAGUUACUGGAGGGAAGAAACUCAAACGUAGAUUAAUUAUGUGUUAGCAGAGCUGAGAGACACAGCAGCAACUGUACAGCACGCAGCCCGUAACACACACACACACACACACACACACAAUUUGAGUAUACUGUUCACCAAACACUUUCGCACUUUGUGAAUGAGACGCCUGAACGCCAUCAGUCAGAUGAGCAAGGUUCCUACAGUGACAAAACAAACAAAAACAAAGUAUUUAACACAGGUGGAAAGCGCAGUAAACAACACAAUGAAUCUCACAGCAACAUAAAUAUCGUUUGAAGUUUGCAUAACUGCCAUGGUGUGUAUAUGCAAAGAGAUGCAUUUAAGGUGUUUAAAAAAAAAAAACAAAC